AUGAAUACAGAGAAAACUGAUGUAGAAAAUAUAGAAAAUGGCUUCAAGUCAUUAAGAUCACAAGCUCUGAACGCAAUUAACCAAUAUCAAAUUGUAUUUUUAAGUAAUCUCGAUAUAAUCGAAAAGAGAGCAAGAGAACUCAUGGACUCAAUCAAUUCAGAGAAUAGGGAUUUGGAUCAAUAUAUAAGGGAAAACACUGUUGAAGAUCUUACUUCAAGCGAAUACCAUACUGAAAUGCUUCCUCCUCGAACAGCAAGGAAAUCAGAGCAUCAUCAUGCAGCUACUGACUCAAGAUCAAAAAGUCCAUAUGAACAAGAUCGACAUACUCCAAAUCCUCCGCCAAGAUAUAAAGAACCCGAGCCACCAAGAAGGAAAACUCCUCCAUACAGAUCAUCAGAGCACGGUCAUAAUAAAAAUCCACCAAAAGCAGUUAAAAAAUCAUCAAAGAAAAUUUUAUCAGACAGCUCAGAUGAUAGCAUUGAAUUCUGA